AUGUUCAACUUCUGCCUAUCGCCCUUCAGCGCCAAUGGCCAUCUCUUGCAGGUGGAGUACGCCACGGUGGCCGCCUCUAAAGGUGAGACUAGCGUCGGAAUUCGGACCUGCGACGGAGUCGUGAUUGCGACAGAACGCCGGUUCCAGCUUGGGCUCGUUGACGAAGCGACAUUGCAAAAUGCGAAGAAGGUGAGUGAAAACAUUGGCAUUACCUAUUCUGGACUGGAGCCGGACUUCCGGGUGCUGGUGGAUCGUGCACGCAAAUAUGCUGAGGUCUACCGAGUCAAAUACGAUGAACUGAUGCCAGCCUUCGAGCUGGUGAAGCAGAUGGGGACUCUUUUGCAGGAGUACACGCAGUCGUGCGGAGUGCGACCCUUCGGAGUGUUCCUGCUAUAUGCCGGAUGGGAAUCUGGUGGACCAUUUUUGUACAGAACCGAUCCUUCAGGCGCAUAUUGUGCCUUAAAUGCAGCAGCAUUCGGAAAGAACGCCGCUAUUGAGAAUGAGUUUUUGAAGUGUCAGGCUUGUGACGAAAUGAAGCUGGACGUUGCUGUCUGCACUGCCAUUAUGGCUCUCAAGAAGGGCUUCAAGGGGAACUUGUCUAAGCACGACAUUGAAGUUGGCGUCUGCCAUGAAAACGGCUUCUCAUUACUGGAUGCUAACACCAUCUCCCCACAAGAGCCCUUAAUGCGGCAAUUGCUGAUAGUGGUGGCUGUGGCGCUGGCGGUUACAACGCCGAUCCAAGCAGGAGGCGGUAGCAGCCUAAUGGGGCGGGGCGGGGCGGAUCUGGGCUGGUCUGGGCGGAGCUGGGAUGUCGGACUUGAAGUGCAACAACACGGCGAGCAACAGCCACCCAACAAUUAG